AUGGCCGAGCCAAAUAAUGUCGUUGGCGGCACACCACUGCGGGCUCUAUCAUCACGGACAAACGAGCCAGGGCUCCAUCUGACCUCGCUCGAAAGCCCCGAAGAGAACACAGACGUCCAGGAACUCGAGCCAAUUGACAGAGGCAGAGCAGCAUGGGGGAUGCUCCUCUCCGCGUUCAUUUUCGAAUCGCUGCUCUGGGGCUUUCCAUUAUCAUUCGGGGUCUUUCAGAAUUAUUAUUCCCAGUUACCGGAGUAUGCGAACCAACGGUAUGUCUCGAUCAUCGGGACUGUCGCCUCGGGGAUCUCGUACAUGGGCGCCCCGAUCAUCAUCCCUUUCCUCAAACGCACUGGCCGGUACCGCGUGUACAUGAUCUGGGUCGGAUGGAGCAUCUGCAUCCUCGGCAUCCUAGCAAGCUCCUUCGCACGCACGCUCGGCGCUGUCAUCUUCACGCAGGGCGUCAUGUACGGGGUCGGGUUCACCGUCUUCUACUACCCGAUCAUCAGGAUGGUGAACGAGUUUUGGGUCGCACGGCGCGGCAUGGCAUAUGGUCUGCUGUGCAGUGCGUCAGGGCUCUCAGGCGUAUUCAUGCCGCUGACGCUCGAGGCGCUGCUCAAGAGAUACGGGCUCGCCCCUACGUUGAGGGCGGUUGCGGUGGGUUUGGCUGUCUGCACGGGUCCGCUGAUUCCGUUGUUGAGGGCAAGGACGCGCCGAUUGGACGGGAAUCCCAACGCCGCCACCGCUGCUCCUUCGCCUGUCGAUAAUGCUGGUGGAAAUGGCGACAACUCUGCACUGCCACCAACCCCGACCACAGACUGGGGCUUCCUGCGCGUCCCGCUCUUCUGGAUCUACUCAGUCUCAAACCUGAUGCAGGGGCUAGGAUACUUCUUCCCAGCCUUGUACCUGCCAUCCUACGCGACGGCGAUGGGCCUGACCGCAACAAAGGGCGCGUUGCUACUCUCCAUCAUGAGCGUCGCGCAGGUGCUAGGCCAGCUCAGCUUCGGGUAUCUCUCCGACCGGCGCUUCAGCGUCAACAUCCUGACGCUGACCUCAACGUCCGUGUCCGCCGUCGCGGUGCUGGCUCUCUGGGGCCUGGCGCAGAAAUUCGCCAUGCUGUGUAUCUUUACCGUCGUCUAUGGCUUCUUCGCCGCCGGGUAUACCGCCAUGUGGGCGCGUAUGGGCACCAACGUCGCCAGCGACGGGACGGCCGCAUUUGCGGCGUUCGGGCUUUUUAACUUUGGAAAGGGCAUGGGGAAUGUGCUUGCUGGGCCGAUUAGCUCUGGUCUUUUGCUGAAUUCGGUUGAGCCGUUCAAGUAUGGGGCAGGUAGGUAUAAAGCUGUUAUUCUCUUUGCUGGAUCGUGUAUGCUUGCGAGUGCCGCGUGUGCAACUUUGUCUUAUUUGCGGCCUUGGAAGGCAGCCGCUGCACAGCGCUGA